AUGCCCCAAUCCUCAUCACUCGGAUCAACUCAAUUGUCAUCAUCAUCAUCCUCCUCAGGCAUGUUGUGGUCUAUCCCUCCAAUUUUUGGCUGCUUUACCCGAUAUCCGAAAUUAUUGUUAUUAUUUCUAACCAUUGUAGAAAUGUUAAUGUUUUUUGAUCGGGGAGCGAUAGCCUCAGUGUUACCUUCCAUCAAGGAGCACUGGAUGUUAUCGGGGAAACAAGAAGGAAUUAUUGGAAGUGCUUUUAUAAUAACAUUUUCAAUAGGAAGUACAUUGUUUGCUUUUUUGGCGAAUUAUGUGAGAGUGAAUUUAAUUAUGUCUUUCGGAUUGUUUGUUUGGGCUGUCAGUGCCAUCCUGUCGGGACUAUGGGGAUCAGUAUCUCACGGAGUCGAUGAACAAUGGGGAUACUACAUGUUGGUAUUGUCACGAGCUCUGAUUGGAAUUGGAGAGGCAUCUUUUGUGCCGCUCUCAGUCACGCUCAUUGAUGAUAUCGCAACAAAAGAGUACAAAACUACUUACAUGAGUUUUUUCAUGUUGGGAGUACCAUUAGGAGUAGCAUUUGGAUACAGUAUUGCCUCAUAUAUUGUAAAUAUUAGCAAUUGGACCUAUUGUUUUUAUAUGGAAUCUUUAUUUGGACUAUUCUUUGGAUGUCUCCUUCUCUUUGUUCCACUUUCAUCGGUGAAAACAAAAUACCCCAAAAAAACAGAUGAAACUGUUUCCGAAUUUGAAAAACACAAUACCAGCUUAGAAAUUGAGGAUGAAGAUUAUCAAGUGGAUAUUAUUAAGGUUGAAAAAAUUGACACAGUUAAUGGCUCUACAACACAACAAGACAUUGACACUUUACCAAUGCAUCAUCAUUCUGAACACUCUCAUUCUGAAAUGGACGAUUUAUCAGAUGGAGAAGAAACGAACAGCGAGUUUUCUCUUCUUCACAAAACUGGUGAUUCGAAUGACGAUGACGAAGAAAUUUUACCACAUGAACCCAUUGUUGAAGAAGAGUUACGAAUUCACAAUGAAACCAUGCCAUUGCCACGAUUUCAACAACAUCACAAAUGUGAGCCCUCCAAAAAUAGAUAUAGAGUUUUCUCGUUUUGCUCGGCCAUGAAAUAUCUAUUCUGCAAUCCAGUUUAUUGCUUCAGUACAUUGGGAUCGUGUGGAUAUAACUUUGUGGCAGGUGCCAUUCAAUUCUAUGCUCCUUCCUAUGUUUUACACAAAAUACGACAAUCGGAUAGUGCAAUUACCAUUGGAUCUGAUUAUGCAAAUUUUGCAAAUAUUGGUUUUUCUGUUGUCAUGCUUUUGGCCUCCAUUAUUGGAACCAUGUUGGGUGGUUUUAUUGUUGAUCGAUUUGGUGGUUCAAAUGGAAUGCGAGGAGCCACAAGAAGUUUACUAUUUUGUGGAAUUUUCUUAAUGAUGGGAUUUCCUUGGGUCAUUCCAGUAUUUAUUUUCAAUGUGAAUAUCUAUGUCUUGUUGAUAUUGUUUGGAAUUUCUUGUGUAUUUCUAUUUUGUUCCACAAGUCCUUUCCAGUGUAGUGUUGUGAACUCUGUGGAAUACAAAAAUUUGAGAAAUUAUGGAGUGAGUUGGCAAAUAUUUCUGUUCCACUUGUUUGGAGAUUUUCCCUCUGCAUUUAUCUUUGGUCUUAUUCAGGAUAGUUUUUCAAUUGAUGUUGCCAUGAGUUGUGUUUGGAUCAUUCUUAUACCUUCUGCUUUCAUAUUUAUUGCUGGAUAUUUUGUUUCCUAUUUUUGGUUACAAAGAAGACAUGACAAAAUGAAACGACAAUUCAUCACAAAGAAAAAGGUCAAAGUAGAUUUGGAGAGCCUUGACAAUAGUAGCGAAGAUGUGAAAGAUGACUCUGAUAAUGAUUCAUCGUCAGAAACAGCACGACAUGACAAGGAAACACUUCCCACAACUACCAAUAAUAAUUCCUCAUUGGAACAUCAUGCAUCAACGUCAUCAUCAAAAAAACCAAUAACAACACGAACACGAACGAACAGCAUGGACGAAAAAUCUAAAAAGAAAUGA